AUGGCUUCGUAAAAAUUUAUGGAAGUGUUAUCAAACAAUGACAAGUUAAGAAUGAAUGAUAUGAAACUGAUUGAGCAGGAAUAAUAUUAUAUCAGCUAGUUAAAGGAUUAAAGGGAAAAAAUGGAAUUAUUAAAAAUUGAAUUUUUGAAGAAGGAUCAUGUAAUAUUAGAGUUGUAAGGGCAUUUGGAAUAAUUAUAAGAAGAAUGUGAAUAACUCAGAGAAAUUUACUAAGAACAUGUUCAGAAUCAAGAAAAUGAAUUUUAUAGAUUGAAUUAAUUAUAGGUGGAAAAAGAUAAUCUAAUGAAAGACAACGAAGAAUUAAAGGAUGUAAUCUUACAUUUACGAAAUGAAAAUGAAACUUUAAAUUCGUUAUAAUUUAAAAAUGAUGAUUAGUUAAGAUAGUUAUAAGAAUAAUUGGUUGUGUGGACAGAUGAAAAUUAAAGAUUAAAAUAAGAAAUAGCCAAGUUGGACGAACUUCUCUUUACAUACGAACCUUUAAAAGAGGAAAACGAAAAAUUGAAUGAAAAACUAAAAUAUUAUAAGCAUGAAAAGCACAGACUAUCCUCAGAAUUGAAAUAAGGAAAACAAGAAAUUAAUAAACAAAUAGAAGAAUUUAAAUAAGGUUAUGUUAAGGACUUAAAAAAUGAGAUUUAAAGAUUACAAGAAUACAAAGAAUAAUAUUAGUAAUUAAAAAUACAAGUUCAAGAUUUUGAAUAGUAAUACAUUGAAGCAAUUAAAGAAAACAAUGAAUUAAAAUUAGAAAUUAAAUCUCUAUAUGAAAAGGAGGAGAGUGAAAUUAAAAUUAAAUCAGAAAUAGAUAGAGUGAGAUAAGAUCUUAUGUCAGUAAGAUAUUAAGAGACCUUAAAAUUGAAUGAACUAUUUAAUGGUAUGAUCAAUCUGAGCAGUUUAGCAAACUCUAGAGAUCAUUUUAAUUGA